AUGCAAAGCUGGAUCAAAUGCAACUCCGACUGUUCUUGGAGCAAGGAACACCAGAAUCAAGGCAUUGGUUGGAUAAGUAGAGAUGCUACUGGUCGGUUGCUGUGGGCUGGAGCUCAACGGUAUCGAGGAAUGGGAUCACCAAUAGAAACUGAAGCAACAGCUCUCAAAUGGGCAAUGCAAUCGAUGUUGAGACUGGGAUACACUCAGGUCAUCUUUGAAACAGAUUCUAUGGUUUUAGCGAGGAUGAUUUCGGGAAAGGAACCUAUUUGGCCAAAGCUCAAUCCAAUCAUCCAAGAAAUCUCCCAUCUCCUCUCGACAUGCCGGAGCUAUAGGGUCGAGUAUUACUCACGAGAUGGUAACAAGUCGGCAUAUAGGAUAGCGAAGGAAGCUCUUUCUUUUAUGAAUUAUGUUCCUAAGUUGUAUUCUAUGGUGCCAAGUUGGUUAAAACAGAUCUUUGAGGUGGAUGUACCUAUGUUAAGAGUGAACAAUGAUGUAGGUCCAAUCCCUUUUGGUUAA